ACGUGAGAGGGAGCCUCGCUCCUCCCCGGCCCCAAACUGCCCGCCGGGAACGGAAGCGCCCCCGGAGCUCCCUCUGGGUCCCGCCGAGAGCGCGUCCCGGGUUUUCCCGGGGGAAACUCCUCCCCCCGCCUCGCCGCCCCGCCCGGACCCGCCUCGCCCGGGACGGCCGUUCCCGUCCGUCCCCUCCCCCUGCCCGAGGUGACCCGGGACCGCGCUUGGGGGUGUCACCCUGGGCCCUGGGACACCGCCUCCGGGGAUUAAAGCCAGAGCCGGGGAAGAUCGGAACUCCGAGCUGGGCCGAGGAAGCCGCGAGCUUCGGAGGAGGCGGCGGAGAAGGAAGAGCGAGGGGCGGGGAGCGCGGGACCCGGAGCGCGGCAGGUCAACUUGAAAUUUCCAAAUACUUACCUGUACCUGAUGCUGCUGAUAAAAUCAGGAUGGCUUUAAACUCAGGAUCGCGGCCAGGUGUCGGGCCUUACUAUGAAAACCACGGAUACCAACCUGAAAGUGUCUACCCUCCGCAGCCCCCCGGGGCCCACAGGCCUUAUGGGGCGUAUCCGGCUCAGUACCACCCGCCCUCGGUCCCCCAGUAUGCCCCGAGGGUGCAGACGCACACUUCCACACCCGCCAUCGGCAGGCAGCCCAAACCCCCAUCCAGGACGAUGUGCUCUUCAAAGACCAAGAGAGCGCUGUGCAUCACCUUCGCCCUGGGGGCCAUCCUGGCAGGAGCGGUGCUAGCCACGGUCCUGCUCUGGAAGUUCAUGGAGAAGAAGAGGUGCUCCGCGCCCGAGAUGGAGUGCGGCUCCUCUGGGACCUGCAUCAGCCCCUCUCACUGGUGCGAUGGCAUCCUGCACUGUCCCGGCGGCGAGGACGAGAACCAGUGCGUUCGCCUGUACGGACCCAACUUCAUUCUUCAGGUGUACUCGGCUCAGAGGAAGUCCUGGUACCCUGUGUGCCAGGACGACUGGACUGAGAACUACGGGAGGGCGGCGUGCCAGGACAUGGGCUACCGGAAUAGCUUUUUCUCUAGCCAAGGAAUCGCCGAUGACAGCGGGGCCACGAGCUUUAUGAAGCUGAACAAAAGUGCCAACAGCGUGGAUCUCUAUAAAAAGCUGUACCACAGUGACGUCUGUGCUUCGAAGACGGUGGUUUCUUUACGCUGUAUAGAGUGCGGAGUCUCCGGGAAGACGAGCAACCAACAGAGCCGGAUCGUGGGCGGGUCCAGCGCAGCGCUGGGCGACUGGCCCUGGCAGGUCAGCCUGCACGUCCAGGGCAUCCACAUCUGCGGAGGCUCCAUCAUCACCCCCGAGUGGAUUGUGACGGCCGCCCACUGCUUGGAGGAACCUCUUAACAAUCCCAAGAUCUGGACGGCCUUUGCAGGAAUUUUGAGACAAUCGUUCAUGUUUUACGGCAGUGGAUACCGAGUGGCCAAAGUGAUUUCCCACCCGAACUAUGACCCCAAGACCAAAAACAACGACAUUGCUCUGAUGAAGCUGCAGACGCCGAUGACCUUCAACGACAAAGUGAAGCCGGUGUGUCUGCCCAACCCAGGCAUGAUGCUGGAGCCAACACAGUCCUGCUGGAUUUCCGGGUGGGGGGCCACCUACGAGAAAGGGAAAACCUCGGAGGUGCUGAACGCCGCUAUGGUGCGUCUCAUCGAGCCCUGGAGCUGCAACAGCAAGCAAGUGUACAACAACCUGAUCACGCCCGCCAUGAUCUGCGCAGGGUACCUGCAGGGAUCCGUCGACUCCUGCCAGGGUGACAGCGGAGGUCCUCUGGUCACUCUGAAGAGCAGCAUCUGGUGGCUGAUUGGGGACACCAGCUGGGGGUCCGGCUGUGCCAAGGCUUACCGACCGGGAGUGUACGCUAACGUGACAUUAUUUACCGACUGGAUUUAUCGACAAAUGAGGGUAACUCUCCCGUCCUCUUGAUGGGGGUCUCUGAUUCUCUGUGUCAAAGCCCAGACACCUGGAGGUAUGGUCCCAUGGCAUGUGGCGUCCCCUCCCCCACCGCUGGUAUUUGGAUGAAAACAUCUGGGGCUCAGCUCUGCAGGGUCCCGAACUAACGGUAAUGGGCUUCCUUGUGCGCUGCGGACCAGGCUUAGUUCUGGCUCAGCUGGCUGUGAUCACCCACCCACACGUCAACGAACCAAACUUCUGAUGAUGGUCAAGGAGCAGAGGGAGGCAGGUCAGCCAGCGGUGACUCUGCCCUGUCCUGUUCUGGGCAAUCGGAUGCCCCUUGGGUGGGGGAGCAGCUGAGGUUCUCAGGUACAAGGAGAGGUGGUGACGAGGGGAGAGGUCCCCGGAGUUCCCGCUAUCCUGCCAUCCCCCCGACUCUUGCCCUGGUCCAAGAUGCUCAGAUGCCCUGUCCUUGGGCUCUGCUUGAAUCCUGGGUGAAGAUCAGAGGUCUGUCCAUCACAGGGGCCUUGGAACUGGCAGCACCCACAGAUUUCGGCUCCUUCUAGGGCUAGGUUCGCGGUGGAAGAAAAAGUUCUAUUUUGUUCCUUCCCAAGUCACCAAAGGUGCCCAGAUGCCAGGAGAUGGGGCCAAACCAGAGGGCAUUGCCCAAUAAGGCCAGGCCUGCACCUUCCCUGAGUGAAAUCGUAGGACCUGCCAUCUUCAAGUGACCCUGGGGCCUGGCCAGUCCCCACCCCACAAAGGGCCCAGUGCUGGAAAUAAACAACCCCACUGUCUCAAGGGGGUUGAGUGGUGGAAGGAAUCUGGGAGGGGGCAGGCAGGGCUGGGGGGUGCAGGCAGCCGGGAACCUAGAGGGAUAUUAGCCAGGCCGUGGGGUGACCAUCCCUCCAGGAUGAGAGCGCAAACCACACAGUGUGUUCAGGUGCUUCUGGUGGCUCAGCACGGCCAGGCUGGGUGGCGGCAGAGAAAUCGGGGUAGAAAGUGGGAUCAUUAAACACUGAUGUCCUGGAGUUCCCGUCGUGGCUCAGUGGUUAACGAAUCCGACUAGGAACCAUGAGGUUGUGGGUUCGAUCCCUGGCCUUGCUCAGUGGGUUAAGGAUCCGGCGUGGCCGUGAGCUGUGGGGUAGGCCGCAGAUGCGGCUCGGAUCCCAUGUUGCUGUGGCUGUGGCGUAGGCCGCCGGCUACAGCUCUGAUUUGACCCUUAGCCCCUAGCCUGGGAACCUCCAUAUGCCAUGGGAACGGCCCUAAAAA